CCCUGAAGACGAGGUAGUGUUGGUGGGGUCAGUGUUGACUAAGACGCCAAGGAAGGUGGGCAUAGCUGUCUCUUCACACAGCCCAGUAAGUCACCCAGCGCUCAGGUCAUCACCCAAGUUUCUACCUUGGUGGUCCUGGUGGAAGAUGGCGCCUGUUGUCAUGGUGGUGUGGUUGUUGGUUGUGGUCGGGUGCUGUUCGACCACACUGGCCCAAACAGAUGUUUCUCAGUGUGUGGACAGGUCAUCGAUGUGUACAAGGAUGGCUGAGCGAGGCGACUGUAACACACGCAGGUCGAGUAUGAUCAACAACUGUCCAGUGUCGUGUUUCUUCUGUCACAGUGGUCCUCCGCCGCCUACCAUAGCCAAGCCUAAUUUUGAGUGUGGAUUAGGGAUCAAUGCCACUGACCCUAGCAACAUCAGGGAGGAACCUAGCAACGCCACUGAAAAUCCUAGCAACACCACUGAGCAUCCUAGCAACACCACUGAGCAUCCUAGCAACACCACUGAGCAUCCUAGCAACACCACUGAGCAGCCUAGCAACACCACUGAGCAGCCUAGCAACACCACUGAGCAUCCUAGCAACACCACUGAGCAUCCUAGCAACACCACUGAGCAUCCUAGCAACACCACUGAGCAUCCUAGCAACACCACUGAGCAGCCUAGUAUCAGCAGGGAGGAGGUCAGCAUUACCACAGGCAAUCAAAGGUCAACCACAUUAGACCCGGAAGUGUUGCCAGAUCUGAGCGUCCAGGACACCUUCUGUGGAGCGACACCCAUCUCUGACCGCUACUUGUUGACGGCCGCUUUCUGUGUCUUCGAUCCUGACCACCCAAUCAGCACAGUAAGGCUGGGAGAACUGGACUUCUCAAAAGACAAUGAGACCAACGCUCGUCCGCGAGACUACCAAAUUGAGCAGAUUAUUGUCCAUCCUGACUACCAGCCAGACUCCCCGGUACGGAGCUACGACAUAGCCUUACUGAAGACGGUGGAGAAAAUCUCCUUCAACGAUGUGGUGUUUCCUUUCUGCGUGUCCUCCGAGCGUCCGUCUGUAGGAACCACAGUUCUCGGCUCAGGCUUCGGCCUGGUUAAUGAAACUCAUCAGUCGCCCGUGUUACAAGAGGUGGAGGUGGAGGUGAUGGCGUUAGCUGAGUGUGAGAAACAGUACCAGGAAGCUGGACUCUUGCCACACCUCAAACAAGCUUACCCUAACUUGUUAAAUGGCAGCAAGGUCAUAUGUGCUGGAUACCCAGGCAGGGGGGCAUGUAAGGGUGACGAGGGAGGGCCGCUGUACCUGGAUGACGGACAAGGUCAUCGUUACCUAGUCGGGAUCGUCAGCUUCACAGGAGCCUGUAAGAAGGAGUCUGUCACGCCCGGCAUCUACACCAGCGUCGCCGACCAUAUUGACUUUAUUGAUAGUGUCUUGUAUGGCGGUAACUAGAAAUAUAUAGAUAGAUAGAUAGAUAUCCCUAUAUGAAUGAAAAUAUUUAUUACAAGUAAAUAUAAAGAGUUAUAUACUAUAAUGCAUGAAAAUACCUGAUAAGUAAAUGUGUUAAUAAAGAAAUAGAAUAAAAAUAUUGGAAGUAAAUUUAUAUAUAAAAAUAAUUGGUGUUGGGAUGAAGCGACCUGAAAGUUGUAUAUUUCCUCAGGCUUUGAAAAAUAAUCAUAUAAUUGG